AUGUCUGUCAAACAGGCACUGGAGAAGGAUAAAAUCUAUUUUAAUUCUGUUAAGAUCCAAAGAUACGUGGAAGAGGACACAAUUGAAACGACCUUAGCUUGCCUUUUAUCUAAGAUGAGACAGUAUGGAGUUGUGGAUUUCAUUGAAUGUAAUCCAAAUGGUAUCCCUUAUCAACUCGGCGGAUUUAUCAAAUUUAGAGAAUAUCAAAUUGCUUCACAAGUCGUUGAAGAACUUGAUGGUACUCCAUUCUUAAAUGGUUAUCUAUGGAUGAAACAUCAACUCAGUGAAAGUUUUCAAUUUCCGGCUAAUAUUUACACGGUGGCUUGUCUGAAAAGCGAAAUUGAUCGUCUGAUCGAAAAGAUUUCCUCUAAUUCAGAAUGUGAAGUUCAGAUCAAAGAUUUGGGAAGAAAACACAAUCAUGGAAACAAUAAGAAAAUAUUCAAAAUAAGAGCAACCAAUCACAACUCCCUAAAACAAGCGAAAAUUAUGGCUGAAAAACUUUUACUGCCACAACAGGUGAAACUUGACUUUAAAACAUUCAAUUUUGCUCAAAAUCAUAGAAAAAAGUUUGAAAUCAUCGAAGUGGAAGAACGAGUGAAAUUUUCUUUGGACAGCAGAGAAAAGACAGUUUUCAUUUAUGGUAAGAAAAUUAAUACUGAAAGAGCAAGACAGAAAAUGAUGUUCAUAAUUGGAGAUAGAUCAAAGUAUCACACCAUUCCUCUUAAAUAUGUGAAAUCUAUUGUAGGAGAAACAUUUAAAGAAUUACAGCAGAGAUAUAAGGGAGAUAUUACUUUUAGUUUUCUUACAAGAUCAAUAACGAUCAAUUCUACAGACUCUGAAAUUGAAAAAUUCAAAAUUGAAAUUCGAGAAAUAACUGAAAAAUAUGAACAAACAGUAUUAGGACUUGAUCGUCAGAGCAAUCUUAUGGAAGAAUGCUCGAUUUGCAUGGAGAACAUCACAUAUCCAUACAUGAUGAUUCGUUGUGGACAUAAAGUAUGCCAACCAUGCCUUAAAUUCAAAAUUCAAAAUCACAGUUAUGACUAUCCUGUAUGCAGCGAACCCUUGACCAUGCCAGAAAUUCAAUUAUUAUUGGUAGACAGUUCUCAGUUUGACUCAAUAUGUAUGCGAUCAUUAGAAAACAAAUGUGACAAGGAAUCACACUCGGAAUCUUGUGCAGAGUUUGAUGAAAACAAAAAGUGGAUUGAAGAACAUACAAAGCCAUGUCCCAAGUGCUCCAAACCAGUAGAGAAAUCUGCUGGUUGCAAUCACAUGACCUGUACCUGUGGUGCACAUUUUUGUUGGAUAUGUUGCGCAUGCUUUAAAACAGAGGAUGAUACUUAUCGACAUCUUGCUCGAGCGCAUGGUGGUUUUUAUGGUGAUGUACCGAUCCAACCUCGUCCUGAAGUGGUUCAGGGUCCUCCUCCUGUCAUGAGACAACCUCCCCAGCCAAUCAUUCCUCCUCAAAGAAUUCAACCUCCUCAAAGAAUGGUGGCUCAACUAGUUCCUCCUGACAUGAGACAGCCCUCUUGA